AUGAAAUGGCAAGUGUUUUGUGGUGACCUGUAUAAACUGUCUAAUUCGACAUUUUAUUAUUUCCCACUCAGCCGUCAAGAUGAAGGAAUCAAGGACCGCCAGCUUGGUGUCAUGUUUAAGGACUUGCGUGUCGUUGGUGCAGGUUCUCGUGCUUCCCUGCAGCCCACUGUGGGCGAUUUUUUCCAACCGUCAACUGUUCUGCGCAAGAUCAGGCAAAGUCGUCAUCCCUUAACUAAAGACAUCUUGUCCGGAUUCGAGGGUGUGGUCACUCCUGGCGAAAUGCUUUUGGUCCUUGGCCGUCCCGGCUCUGGGUGUUCGACCUUCCUCAAGACGCUUGCUAAUCGACGUGGGGAUUAUCAUGCCGUCGAGGGACAAGUCUUCUAUGAUUCAUUCACCCCGAAGGAGAUUUAUGACUCUUUCCGUGGCGAUGUCACUUAUUGUCCGGAGGAUGACAUCCACUUUCCUACCCUGACCGUCAACCAGACGCUCUCUUUCGCCGUCAGGAACCGUACUCCUGCAACACGUGUUCUCGGUCAGACACGCGAGGACUAUGUUGAUGAUACCACCACGAUGCUAAUGAAGGUCCUUGGCCUCUACCGUUCGAAAAAUACAUUGGUCGGUGAUGCUGAAAUUCAAGGUGCGUCAGGUGGUGAGAGAAAGCGAGUCUCUAUCGCAGAAACUUUGGGCUCUGCAGGCUCACUUGGCGCAUGGGAUAAUUCCACCCGCGGACUAGACUCCUCAACUGCCCUUGAGUUUGUCCGCACAUUGCGUGCCAUCACAGAUGUCCAACGCACAACGACGAUCGCCUCCCUCUACCAGGCGGGCGAGCAAUUGUACGAUUUGUUCGACAAGGUCUGUGUCAUCGAUGGGGGGAAGAUGGCCUACUUUGGUUCGGCAAAGUCAGCCAAAGAUUAUUUUAUUGAUAUGGGCUUCGAACCUCAAAACAGGCAGACCACCCCCGAUUUCCUGGUUGCAGUGACGGACCCGAACGCGAGGAAAAUUCGCCCUGGAUAUGGAGGCUCUGUCCCCCGGACGUCGGAGGAGUUUGCUAGCCGUUUUGUGACUUCUGACAUCGGCCGUCAGAAUAAGCAAACAGUGGAACAUUAUCGCGAGCACUGCAUCGGAAACAACGAACACAAGCAGGCGUAUCUGUCCAGCGUGGCCGCUGAAUAUGCCAGCACAACCACUGCGUACAUGGCCUCUAUCCCCCAACAAGUCAAAGCGGUCAUGAAACGCCGCCUGCAAGUUAUUCUUGGUAAUUUCUUCCUGCUCUGUGUACAACUGGCAGCUCAGGUCUUCCAAGCGAUAAUUAUCGGCACCGUCUUUCUGAACGUUCCAAAUGACACGUCAGCCUAUUUCUCCCGCGGAUGUGUUCUGUUCUUCUCGCUGUUCUUCAGUGCCAUCACAUCUAUUGCAGAAGUCACCGCGCUCUUCUUCCAGCGUCCAAUCAUACUUCGCCACCAGAAAGCCGCGUUACAUUACCCUUUCAUCCAGAGCAUCGCGCAUACUGUCAUCGAUAUUCCGAUCACGUUGAUUGUUCAACUGGUUUUCGCUCUGAUACUUUACCUGCUGGUUGGGUUGCAACGUUCUAUCGCACAGUUCUUUACAUUUUACCUUUUUAUCUUCUUAAUGUCGCAAACCAUGAAGUCAUUCUUCAGAGCAGUUGCCGCAAGUUUUAAAACUCGUGCCAGCGCAUUGGCUGCUAGCGGUAUCUUCGUUCUGUUAAUGUCGCUCUAUAGUGGAUACACAGUUCCUUGGCCAACCGCUCCGACGGGCUUGCGGUGGAUCAUGUGGUUGAACCCUUUGUGGUGGGGGCUCGGUGGACUUGUAGUGAACGAGUUCCAUACGCUUGACGGAGUCUGCUCUACUCUUGUUCCUCAGGGUCCUGGCUACGCAAAUGUCUCGCUUGCAAACCAGGUGUGCACAACGGUCGGGUCGCAACCCGGGCAGCUACUUGUGGAUGGCAACAUCUAUGUUGGAUUGACGUUCGACUUUUGGUAUGGUCAUCUUUGGAGGAACUUUGCCGUCAUGUGUGGCUUCUACCUUGGGUUCUUGGCCGUUCUCCUAGUUGCCACAGAAUGCAAUACCUCGUUUGCUUUCGACAGCGCCGUCGUUCUAUUCAAGCAUGGCUCCAGUGCUAUCAACGAGAAUGCUAAGGCCCUUGACGAGGAGAAGGUAGAUGCAGAGAUUCAUUCUGGAUGCCGAUCCAAGGCAGGCGAUUCCUCGACUUUCGACAAUGUCGAGAAGGAAACCACGGUUACGGACCUCUUCACUUGGCAGCACCUGCAGUAUGAAGUCCCCAUUGGGGGAGGGAUGAAACGCCUUCUUGAAGACAUCACGGGCUUUGUCGCCCCUGGGAAGCUCACUGCGUUGAUGGGUGAAUCUGGCGCUGGAAAGACCACACUUUUGAAUGUUCUUGCACAACGCGUCGGUGCUGGUGUGGUGAGUGGUGACUGCUUCGUUAACGGACGGCCGCUGUCUGUAGACUUCCAGGCUCAAAUGCGAGUACCUGGUUAUUGCCAACAACUCGACACUCACCUUCCCGAGGCAACUGUUCGUGAAGCGCUCCUUUUCUCUGCCAAUCUUCGCCAGCCCCAGUCAGUUCCUCUCGCUGAAAAGGAAGCAUAUGUUGAAAAGUGCCUUCGAAUGUGUGGUCUAGAGGAAUACGCCGAUGCUAUUGUCGGCUCUCUCGGGGUUGAGCACCGUAAACGCACCACCAUCGCGGUGGAGCUCGCUGCCAAGCCGAAACUUCUACUUUUCUUGGACGAACCUACGUCUGGUCUCGACUCGCAAUCUGCCUGGGCUAUCGUGCAGUUCCUGCGUGAGCUUGCUGACAAUGGACAGGCCAUUCUCUGCACAAUACAUCAACCUUCAGCGGAGCUCUUUCAGGUCUUUGACAGAUUGCUGCUCCUUUGCAAGGGUGGACAGACCGUCUACUUCGGCGACAUUGGCGAGAACUCGUCUACCAUGCUGAACUACUUUGAGCGCAAUGGUGCUCCACGCUGCGGCCUCGACGCCAACCCGGCGGAAUACAUGCUUGACGUAAUAGGUGCUGGAGCAACGGCAGUCUCGACCACCGAUUGGUACGAGGUCUGGAUGCGUUCGUCAGAAGCGGCGCAACUUCAAGUUCAGAUCGAGACGAUGCAAGAACAUGGUCGCACUCGCCCACACCAGUUUAGCAUCCGGUUGUCUACCUUCGCCACUUCAUGGUCGCACCAGUUCGUUGCCCUAGCCCAUCGGAACUUCCGAUCAUACUGGCGCAAUCCCAUAUACAUCUGCUCCAAGUUUGUGCUUAACAUCGCCGGCGGUCUCCUUGUGGGCUUUACAUUCUUCCAGGCAAAUGACUCUUUGCAGGGUACUCAAGACAAGCUGUUCUCAACCUUUCUCGCCCUUGUGCUUUGCGUUCCCCUCGUCCAUCAGCUGAUGGCCGUCUACAUCGAUAUUCGGACGGUGUACGAAAUCCGUGAACGUUCUAGCAGGAUGUAUCACUGGACUGCUCUCGUCAUGUCACAGCUUGUUGCUGAACUUCCUUGGAACAUGACAAGUUCCGCGAUGUUCUUUUUCUGCUGGUACUGGACCGUUGGGUACCCGACAGACCGGGCAGGCUACACAUUCCUCGUCUUCUCCAUAGCCUUCCCGUUGUACUAUACCACGCUUGGACAUGGCAUCGCGUCCAUGGCACCAACCGCUCCAGUUGCAUCUCUGUACUAUACAACUCUUAUUGUCUUUAUCAUGAUUUUCGAUGGCGUGAUCCAGCCGUUUGUCGAGCUUAAUUGGUGGAAAUGGAUGUACUGGGCUUCUCCUUUUACAUACAUCAUCCAGGGCCUCCUAGGUCAAGCUAUCGGUGGGACAGCUAUUAGCUGCUCGUCCAUGGAACUAGUCUCCGUCAACCCGCCGGACAGUUUAACGUGCAGCGACUACAUGACUCCCUUCAUGGAAUUCGCCGGCGGCUACCUCACCAAUCCCGAAGCCGCAGAGGGUUGCCAGUACUGCCCUUAUACGACUGCUGACCAGUACAUGUUCUCGAGGUUCAACAUUAAAUUCAGCGAUCAUUGGCGUGACCUAGGCAUCGUCUUCGGAUUUGUCGCGUUCAAUAUUAUUGCUACAUUCUGGUUCACAUACUUCAUGCGCAAUCGCACCGUCAGCAUAUUUGCUCCUCUCAAGCAGAAGUUAACUCGUAGUAAAUAG